AUGCCAUCAUUUCCCACUACUGCAGGGGUUGAGAAAACCAGCAAGGAGCGCGUCAUAUGGACACCCAAGGAUAUCAGAACAUUGAUCAAUUUUGUGAAGAGGAACAAAGUGCUGGCUGAGCUAGGACUCAACUUCAAGCCUGGCUUCUGGAAUGGGGCUGUCCCCCUGUUGGCCAAAACGAGACAGCAGAUGUCAUCCUGCACAAGUGGAAAAAUAAUGAAAAGGCACGGAUUUGUGUUUCAAAUGAAAAUUUUUAAUAACCGCCAAAAUAAAGAGCUGGAGAAGGCUAGAGGCAGGGGACGUGGAUCAGUGGAUGGUCUGUUCAAACAAUGGGACAAACACGCACAGGAUGGCAGGAAGAUAUUGGAAGAGCUGAAGAAUAUCAUCAUAUUGGAACUACCAUCUGGAGGAGGCAACAACACUAUGAAGGACUGA